AUGCGGAAAAAAGAGAAAGGCAAAUCAAAAGUUCAGAAAAACGACGAAGAAGAUCCUGUGAAGAAUUUUGAGAGAUGGAAGAAGAAAUAUGACAAAACAAAGCAAAAAGUCAAACGAGCCAAACGACAGAAUCCGAAGAAACGUGAUUGGGAGGUGGAAAGGGAGUACAUCCAGAAACUGGUCAACAAGUAUGGAGAGAUUAAUCCGAAGGAAGCUAUCAAAUUUUCUGAUUUUCCGAUCUCGAAGAAGACUCUCAGAGGGUUGUUGGAGUCUCAAUAUCGGCAGCCCACCGAGAUCCAGAGACAGACCAUUGGGUUUGCUUUACAAGGGAAGGAUGUUCUGGGAGCUGCAAAGACAGGAUCAGGAAAGACACUGGCCUUUCUCAUUCCUGUUUUGGAGUGUUUAUAUCGGCAGCAGUGGACAGCCAUGGACGGCCUUGGUGCUCUCAUCAUCUCCCCAACACGAGAGCUCGCCUAUCAGACCUUUGAGGUGCUGAGGAAAAUCGGCAAGAACCACGAGUUUUCAGCCGGUCUGAUCAUCGGUGGAAAGGAUCUGAAAGAUGAAUCGGAGAAGAUCCACCGUACCAACAUCAUCGUCUGCACCCCAGGGCGUCUCCUACAGCACAUGGAUGAGACCUCUACAUUCCAUGCUUCAGACUUGCACAUACUGGUGCUAGAUGAAGCAGACAGGAUCCUGGACAUGGGUUUUGCUGACACCAUCAAUGCCAUAGUGGAGAAUCUCCCUAGAACAAGACAGACACUACUGUUCUCCGCCACUCAGACCAAGUCAGUCAAAGACCUGGCCCGUCUGAGUCUGAAGGAUCCAGAAUAUGUUUGGGUUCAUGAGCAGGCCAAGUUCAGUACUCCUGCCACGUUGGAACAAAAUUACGUUGUUUGUGAGUUGCACCAGAAGGUCAACAUGCUCUUCUCUUUUUUACGGAGUCACCUGCAGAAGAAAGUCAUUGUCUUUUUCACCUGUUGCAAAGAGGUGCAGUAUCUGUUCCGUAUCUUCUGUCGUCUUCGUCCUGGCAUCUCGGUGUUGGCUCUGCAUGGCAGACAGCAUCAGAUGAAAAGAGUGGAGGUCUACAAUGACUUUGUUCGCAAAAAGUCCGCUGUGCUCUUCGCCACCGAUAUAGCUGCCAGAGGACUGGAUUUCCCUGCGGUGAAUUGGGUGCUGCAGUUUGACUGUCCAGAAGAUGCCAACACCUACAUCCACAGAGUGGGCAGGACUGCCAGGUAUAAAGAAGGUGGGGAAGCACUGCUCUUUCUGUUACCGUCUGAAGAGAAAGGGAUGAUUGCACAACUUCAGGAGAAAAAGGUUCCCAUCAAUAAAAUCCAGGUGAACCCAGAGAAAGUUGUGUCUGUGCAGCAGAAGUUGGAGGCCUUCCUUGCCCAGGAGAAGGAGCAGAAGGAGCGUGCUCAGAGGUGUUUUGUGUCGUAUCUGCGCUCUGUCUACCUGAUGAAGAACAAAGAAGUCUUUGACGUGUUCCAGCUUAAGCUCCCAGAAUAUGCAGCGUCACUGGGUCUGUCUAUGGCUCCCCGUGUGCGUUUCCUGAAUAAAGUGCAGAAAGAGAGAGAGGAGAAGGCAGAGUCUAGGUCGCAGGGCACGACUACAGACGAGGAGUCAGAGGAGGAGGAGGAGCUCCAGAGCUUCAAAGCCCAGCUCAGAGGAGACAAGCCCGGUACACAAGAGUCCUCCACGGAGGAAGAGGAGGAGGACGAGGAAGACAACAAGGAAGAUGAGCCCAAGCCAAGCUCUGGCGGUUUUCUUUCCGACUCAGACGAGGACGAUGACCUGAGGGACACAGACCUAUUCACGGUCAAACGCAAAAACGUGUUUAAUAUCAGUGAGGAGAACCCAGACAGUACGGUGAGUGACGCCAAAAAAGACAAGGAGUCCAAAUACAAGGAGGCUAAGAAGGUCCAAAAAAGAGGCUUUAAAGUCAACACCAAGAAAGUCUUCACAGAAGACGGAGAGGAGGUACAGCAGUGGCCCCCCCUACAGAAGACCGUGGUCCCAGACAACGAUGACGAUGAAGGGGUAUCGGGCAUCAAUAUAGAGGCAGCCAGAGAAAGACUGCAACGUGAAGACCAGGAGUUCGACAAGCAGGAGUACAGCCGGAAAGUCAAACAAAAACACAGGGAGAAGAGGUUGAAGGAGAGGGCUGCCCGGAGAGAGGCCAGCAAGCGAAAUCAAGAGCAGGACAGCGAUGAAGAAGAGGGAGCGGCGUACUUAUCUGGUGCCGACGAUGAAGAAUUUGACCCCAGCCUGCUGCCAGACCCAGACAAGAUCCGAGACUCGGAGGACCAGGAUAGUAGUGAUGAAGAAGAGAGGGCAGGGAGGAAGAGAAGCCACAGUAGCAGCAGCAGUGCUGAUGAUGACGAUGAUGAAGAUGAUGAACACAAGGUGGACAGAAAGAGAGUCAGGCGUGAGGAGGGCGCCGAAGCCCAACCACUGGACACAGGCCUGUCCCUGGCCGAGGAUGAGGAGCUGGUCCUUCACUUACUGGGCAGCGCGAGCUAGUGAACGCCAACGACGUCCACCUUCUGCCCUUUGUUUAUUCAAAACUGUAAUGGACAGUGUCUGCAUAACAGUAUCGUUCGUCUUUUAGAGGUUGCCUUUAUUGUCAA